CGUACUCAUGUAAAACAAAAACGUCGAUUGCCAUAUGCAUGGCCUAGGCACAGGCUAGUUGUGACUUUGACUAAAUUUGGUAUAAAAACCUUGACGCAACGAGACUGCCUGGCUAGCACAUAUUAAGCAAAUGCCUUGAUUGAAGGACGCUUUUUAAAGAGAAAUCAUGGCGGAUGCAUCAGCAAGAUCACGUCAGUACGUAUACAAAGAGAAUUCCAAUCUUGUUUUGCAAGCUGACUUGUCCCUUAUUGAAAGAAGAGGUAGAAAUGAGGCAACAGGGGAAGUUUUGUCACUUGUUGGCCACCUUCAAGGAACAAAGAUGGGUGACAGAGCCCUAAGAGCUCAAGCACCUGAGUUGAAAGAAAAGAAGGCCAAAAAGCAGAAAAAGGUAGACAGUGAUGAAACUCUCUCAAAAAUGAGAACAUCAACAUUAUUAUCAGGAGAUGCAGAGGACAUUUCUGGUAUAUACUACCAUCCUAAGACAAGAGAAACCAAACACACAUAUGAAGUUCUGCUCAGCUUCAUUCAAGCUGCUAUUGGAGAUCAGCCACGGGAUAUUUUGUGUGGUGCAGCAGAUGAAGUUCUUUUUGCCCUAAAAGAUGACAAACUCAGAGACAAAGACAAGAAGAAGGAAAUCACAGCACUUCUUGGAGAUGUGCCAGAUGAGAGAUUUGCAUUGCUUGUCAACUUGGGUAAAAAAAUUUCUGACUAUGCUGUGGACAGGGAUGCUGGUGGUGAUGAUGAUAUGAUCGAUGAGAACUACGGUGUCGCAGUGCAGUUUGAUGAAGAUGAAGAAGAGGAACAAGAAGUGGACGAAAUAAAAGAAGAAUCAGAGGAAGAGGAUGACGGAGAAAUAAUGGAGGUUGAUGAAGGCUCGAGCACAUUGAGAGGAAAUCUCGAUAUGGACGAGAAAGCGGCGAGAAGGGCUGAAGAAGAGUUAAAUGCCCAUCAAAUCGAUGCCUUUUGGCUUCAGAGAGAAUUGAACAAGUUUUACAAUGAUGCAGAAGUUUCUCAGGAAAAGUCUGUUGAGGUGCUGGAUGCGCUCAAGAAUGCUGCAGAUGAAAGGGACUUGGAAAACAAGCUUGUGCUUCUGUUGGGACAUGACAAGUUCUCAAUCAUAAGAAAGCUUAGAGAAAAUCGCAUGAAAGUUUUAUUCUGCACACUACUUGCGGCUGCACAGUCCGACCGGGAGAGAGAUGAGAUUGAAAACAAGAUGAGAAGUCAACCGGAUCUUGCAGAGAUACUCCACAAGUUGUUAGAAGGAGAGUCAGAAGACGUUGCCCAGGAAGAAAGAGCUAGAAAAAUGGCAGUGCGAAAAUCAAAGGCGGGUGGAGACUCUGGUGCUGGCGACCAAGAUGAAAAAGCUGGCCGCCUGAACCGAAAAGUCAUCGACUUGGAGGAUAUUUCAUUCAAAGAAGGAAGUCAUUUGAUGGCGAACAAAAAGUGCCAGCUGCCUGAUGGCUCUUUCAGGAAACAAAAAAAAGGGUAUGAAGAAGUCCACGUACCCGCAUUGAAGCCGAAGGCCUUUAAAGAUGGCGAGAGUCUUGUUCAGAUUACAAAUAUUCCCAAGUAUGCACAGGCUGCCUUUGAGGGCUACUCAACUCUGAACAGGAUACAGAGUCGCCUCUGCGAUGCCGCGUUGAAAACAGAUGACAAUCUUUUGCUCUGUGCUCCAACUGGAGCGGGUAAAACGAACGUUGCAUUGCUUACUAUUUUGAGAGAGAUCAGCAAACACAUCAACUUGGAUGGAACCAUUAAUGUCGAUGAGUUUAAGAUAAUCUACAUUGCACCAAUGCGGUCGCUUGUACAAGAAAUGGUGAUGAACUUUGGAAAAAGGCUCAGUUCUUAUGGUAUAACGGUCUCGGAACUGACUGGGGAUCACCAACUGAACAAGGAGCAAAUAGAUAGCACUCAGAUUAUCGUAUGCACGCCAGAGAAGUGGGACAUCAUAACAAGGAAAGCCGGGGAGCGAACGUACACACAGCUGGUACGGCUGAUCAUCAUCGACGAGAUUCAUCUUCUUCAUGAUGACAGAGGCCCUGUUUUAGAGACAGUCGUGGCAAGGACGAUACGACAGAUCGAAAGCACACAAGAACACAUUCGACUUAUAGGCCUUAGUGCCACGCUACCCAACUACGAAGAUGUCGCAACGUUUUUGCGUGUAGACCCUGCGAAAGGAUUGUUUUUCUUUGAUAACAGCUUCAGGCCGGUGCCAUUAGAGCAGCAGUAUGUUGGUGUCACAGAGAAAAAGGCAAUCAAGAGAUUCCAGGUGAUGAAUGAUGUUGUUUAUGACAAAGUAAUGGACAACGCCGGUAAAAAUCAAGUACUCGUUUUCGUGCAUUCGAGAAAGGAAACUGGGAAGACAGCAAGGGCACUGAGAGAUGCCUGCUUGGAAAGAGAUACGCUUGGGCAGUUUUUACGUGAAGAUUCUGCAAGUACAGAGGUUUUGAGGACUGAAGCUGAGCAGGUGAAGAACCUGGAGCUCAAGGAUCUUCUGCCUUACGGUUUCGCCAUUCACAAUGCUGGUAUGUCGAGAGUAGACAGAGCACUUGUCGAAGAUCUCUUUGCCGACAAACACAUCCAAGUUCUGGUCUCUACAGCCACAUUGGCAUGGGGUGUCAAUCUUCCCGCUCAUACUGUAAUUAUUAAAGGAACUCAGGUGUAUAGUCCGGAGAAAGGCCGAUGGGUGGAGCUUGGCGCUCUUGAUAUUCUUCAAAUGUUUGGCCGUGCUGGAAGGCCGCAGUACGACACGAAAGGCCAAGGUGUACUCAUAACAACCCACAACGAGUUGCAGUAUUACCUUUCAUUGCUGAACCAACAGCUGCCUAUCGAAAGCCAGUUCGUUUCUAAGCUUGCGGACAACCUGAAUGCUGAGAUUGUUUUAGGAACGAUUCAGAAUGUUAAGGAUGCCGCUACUUGGCUAGGUUACACAUAUUUGUAUAUUCGUAUGCUGCGAAACCCUACACUGUAUGGUAUAUCACAUGAUGACAUGAAGACAGAUCCAAUUAUAGAACAGCGACGCUAUGAUCUUAUACAUUCUGCUGCGUCAAUUCUCGACAAAAAUGGAAUGAUUAAGUAUGAUAAGAAGACUGGAGCUUUUCAGUCAACAGAACUCGGAAGAAUUGCCAGCCACUACUACUGCACGCAGGAAUCAAUGGCCACAUACAACAAACUUCUCAAGCCAACUCUUAGUGAGAUCGAAUUGUUCCGAGUUUUCUCUUUGUCCUCUGAGUUCAAGUAUAUCAAUGUAAGAGAGGAGGAAAAGCUAGAGCUGCAGCAACUUCUUGAGCGUGUUCCUAUACCAAUCAAAGAGAGUAUUGAAGAGCCUUCUGCUAAGAUUAAUGUUCUGCUGCAAGCUUACAUAUCCCAGCUAAAGCUUGAAGGAUUCGCCCUAAUGGCUGACAUGGUUUACAUAACUCAGUCGGCAGGUCGUCUGUUACGUGCAAUAUUUGAAAUUGUGUUACAUCGUGGUUGGGCGCAGUUGACAGAUCGAGCUAUCAAUCUUUGCAAAAUGAUCGACAAAAGAAUGUGGUUAUCUAUGACUCCUUUGAGGCAAUUUAAAAAGAUCCCGAUGGAAGUGAUAAAGAAAAUAGAGAAGAAAGAUUUCCCGUGGGAACGCUUUUACGAUCUUGGUUACAACGAGAUCGGGGAGCUGAUUCAUGCACCGAAAAUGGGAAGGGUCGUCCACAAGUUUGUGCACCAGUUUCCAAAGGUCGAACUGUCUACCCAUAUACAGCCUAUUACAAGAUCGACAUUACAUGUCGAAUUAACGAUUAUGCCAGACUUUCAAUGGGACGAGAAAAUUCACGGAAACGCUGAAGCAUUCUGGAUUUUUGUGGAAGAUGUGGAUAGCGAGAGCAUUCUGCAUCAUGAGUAUUUCCUGCUGAAAUCUAAGUACGCCCAAGACGAGCACGUGGUCAAGUUCUUUGUGCCUGUCUUCGAACCACUGCCGCCCCAGUACUUCAUCAGAGUUGUUUCAGAUAGAUGGCUACAUUCAGAAACACAACUACCGGUUUCAUUUCGGUAUUUGCUGCUGCCAGAAAAGAACCCACCACCAACAGAGCUUUUAGAUUUGCAGCCGCUACCAGUGUCCGCACUUCGACGUCCGGAUUUCGAAGCACUCUAUGCGGACAGGUUCCCGUACUUCAAUCCAAUCCAAACUCAAGUUUUCAAUGCGCUGUACAACUCAGAUGACAAUGUCUUCAUCGGAGCACCCACUGGCAGUGGGAAGACUAUUUGUGCCGAGUUCGCGAUUCUUCGCAUGCUGUCGCAGAACCCAGAAAGCAAAUGUGUUUUCGUCACUCCGUUGCAGUCGCUCGCUGAACAGGCUUAUAUUGAUUGGCGAACGAAAUUCGGUAUCCAGCUCGGAAAGAACGUGGUCAUGUUAACUGGUGAAACAAGCGCUGAUUUGAAGUUGCUGGCAAAGGGAAACAUCGUGAUCAGCACCCCAGAUAAGUGGGAUGUGCUUUCUAGGCGUUGGAAACAGCGUAAGAAUGUCCAGAACGUUUCCUUGUUUAUUCUUGAUGAAGCCCAUCUCAUCGAAGAGGAAAAUGGGCCCGUGAUGGAAGUAAUCUGCUCAAGAAUGAGAUAUAUAUCUUCUCAGAUUGAAAGAAAUAUUCGCAUUGUAGCGUUGAGCUCUUCGCUUGCAAAUGCCAAGGAUAUUGGCCAAUGGCUCGGUGUAGCAGCUAAUAACAUGUUCAACUUCCACCCGAACGUGCGUCCUGUUCCAUUGGAAUUGCAUAUUCAGGGUUUCAACAUCACUCACACUGGCUCCAGACUCACGGCAAUGUUGAAGCCAACAUAUCAGGCCAUAAUUAAACACGCACCUAAGAAACCAAUCAUGGUUUUUGUUCCAUCGCGUAAACAAAGCAAACUGACUGCGCUUGACUUGGUUGCCUAUAGUGGAGCUGAGAACCAAUCACAAAGAUUUCUUCACUGCACGGAAGAAGAUUUGCAGCCACAUCUAAAAAGGAUUCAGGAAAAAACCCUCAAAGAAACCUUGACUUAUGGUGUUGGAUAUUUACACGAAGGACUUUCGGAUACUGAAGUGAAAGUGGUCGAGCAACUCUUCACAUCUGGAGCAGUUCAGCUGCUAGUUGUCUCACGAAACCUCUGCUGGGCAGUCACUUGCUACUCAUAUUUAGUUGUUAUCAUGGACACCUUGUACUACGAAGGGAAAAUACACACGUAUAUGGAUUAUCCCGUUACCGAUGUUCUUCAGAUGGUCGGAAGAGCAAACAGGCAACUCAUUGAUGAUGCAGGAAAAGCUGUUAUCCUUUGCCUGUCAUCAAAAAAGGAAUUCUACAAAAAGUUCCUUUAUGAGCCGCUGCCAGUUGAAUCACAUCUGGAUCACUGCCUACACGAUCACUUCAAUGCCGAAGUUGUUACCAAGACGAUCAGCAAUAAACAGGAUGCAGUUGAUUAUUUAACAUGGACGUUUCUGUACCGCAGAAUGACACAGAACCCGAAUUACUACAAUUUGCAAGGUGUAUCGCAUAGACACUUGUCUGAUCAUCUUUCGGAGAUGGUGGAGAACACUCUCAGCGACCUAGAACAAUCUAAGUGUAUCUCGAUUGAAGACGAGAUCAACGUGUCUCCCUUGAACCUUGGCAUGAUUGCUGCUUACUACUACAUCAACUACACGACCAUCGAAUCAUUCAGUGCGUCACUAACAGCCAAGACAAAACUGAAAGGGCUGAUUGAGAUUAUCGCAUCUGCUCAUGAAUAUGAAAAUCUGCCAAUCAGACAGCAUGAAGAUUCCAUUUUGAAACAGCUGUCAAACAGAGUUCCAUACAAAGUGAGCAGUACCAAAUUUACCGAUCCUCACGUGAAAACAAACUUGCUGAUCCAAGCACAUCUGUCAAGAAUGCAACUUUCUGCUGAGCUCCAAUCUGAUACAGAGUUUAUCCUAAGCAAGGCAAUGCGGCUAAUCCAGGCUUGUGUUGACGUGCUUAGUAGUAAUGGAUGGCUGUCACCUGCAAUGACUGCAAUGGAACUUGCCCAAAUGGUGACUCAGGCAAUGUGGAAUAAAGAUUCUUACUUGAAGCAGCUUCCACACUUCUCCGCAGAUAUUGUUAAAAGAUGCCAAGAAAAGGAAAUCGAAUCUAUCUUUGAUAUCAUGAACAUGGAAGAUGAUGAAAGAAGUCAGUUGUUACGAUUAGCUGACCAUCAAAUGGAUGACGUCGCACGCUUUUGCAACCGUUAUCCGAACAUCGAUAUGUCGUUCGAGUUGGAAGAUAAAGAUAGUAUAUAUUCGGGCAAACCGGUUGUUGUAAUGGUCGAAUUGGAACGUGAAGAUGAGCAACCUGGGCCAGUCAUAGCACCAUUCUUCCCGCAGAAAAGAGAAGAAGGAUGGUGGCUUGUUAUCGGUGAACAAAAAACGAACAGCUUGAUCUCUAUUAAGAGGCUGACAUUGCAGCAGAAAGCGAAAGUGAGGCUAGAUUUUAUCGCGCCAACUGUCGGCGCUCAUUCCUACUUCCUCUACUUCAUGAGCGAUUGCUACAUGGGUUGUGAUCAAGAGUAUCCGUUCAAGAUCUCAGUGGCUGAGGGAGACGACAUGAGCGAGUCAGAGGAUAGUGAUUAGACAGUGCGUAACGUCAAAGAAGUAGCCAAAGCAUUUUGGCCGAGCUGUUCAAAAUGAAGCAAAAUCACAUAUUUGCCUGAGUAGAAGAACUGCUAAAUGAUAUUGGGUAGCUGACAGAAAGAGCUGUUAAUUUCGACCCAUUUAAUUAUCAACCAAUAUUGUUUUAGGCUAAGGAGAGGCAGACAUUUUGUAGCUAUGGGAUCAAGACUAUGUCUGUUGAAGCAUUUUUCAAAACACGAUGAUAGAUCGAUAAGUAUGCGAUUUCCGUUUGAAGCGUAUUUCUGCGUUCCUAGAAAUUUAGAUACUAGAUAUUAGAAUUUAGCGAAAUGUCUUUUAUGACAUCAAAUAUAUUCGGACCUAUCAAAUAAAAAGUGACAAGUGGUUUUAUUCAAACGAUCUUAAAAAAGCUGUUUUCACCUGAUAUUGUACUUGUUUUUUUCUAAAUUAAAGUUCGCACAACCUUAUCAAAAAAAGGAUCUUCCAGAGUUAAUUAUGGUAUCUUCAGCAUGCAGCUGAUAUUUUAAAAAGCUAGAUUCCUGGUCAGUGCGGAGAUCAUUUGAGCUUUAUGAUAUAUUUUGCCAGGAUAAGAUAGAUUUCCCUCGAAAAGACUUUAAUGACUUUGGAUAAUGACGUCACAACAUAAGAUCAUUCCCUACAGUAACAAGAAGUUCCCCUCCAUUUAUGCUCGGCAUUUAGUCAUUCUACUCGGUUGUGAAAUAGCAGCUAACGUCUCAUGUGUAUCAUGACUCUGAUCAUAUCAUUAUGCUUUGAGUAAACAAGCCAACAGCAACGUCUCGCAAAAUCUAUACUAAUGUUUUAUAAUGAUGAAAAUUAUUUGA